AUGUCGCUCGAUCUGGGCCUCAACGUCUUCCAGGUAAUCCAAAACGAGCUUCUAUCCCGGGAGGGAAGCCGGUCGACGCUUGGACUAGGCUUCCGUCUGGCGGUCUUGGAAGAGAGACUGAAAAAUCAUGAGGCCAAGUCAAAAAACGCGCUCAUCUGGAGACCGAAUCACUCUGUUGCUCCAAUAGCCACGCUGACCCCAGAAGCAAAGCGUCUCGCUGACGCCCAGAGAAAACGCCUUCUAGAGAGAAGAGGUGCGAAGCCAGUUGACGACAAAGACCCAACCAUGCUACCCCGCGACGAGGAGGUGUGGGAGGUUCAUCCUCACUUCCCAAAGACCGUGCUCGAGUUCAAAGAGCUACUAUUCCACCCGGACUGGGUUCGAAGCUUGCUCGAAUGCUACCAUGUGAAAGUCUACAGACCCGACAUGCGACCUGUAACGACAGACGCAACCGACCGCUUGAUGGACAUCAGACACAAUCUGCAGACAUGCCUUGAAGAGCUUGCUAUGACCUGGGGACUGAAUUGGCUUCGAAUUGGUGGUUUGGCAAUGCCGGGUCAACCAUUUCCGGUGCCUUGA